AUGACUCCAAUAUCCCUUCUUACAGCUAUUGAUGCAACAUCUCAUAUUCAUCUCGUAGUUGGAUGCAAUCCAUUAGCCGGUGCCAGAUGUACGAAAUCUAUUGAAGUAGGGGCAAACCCAAUUCUCAUUGCGCCUGAAUCCUCCGAGUUACAUUAUACGUUACAGAAGCGGAUUGAAAAUGGGGAAGUACAAUGGCUGAAGAAGUCAUUUGAAGACGAUGAUCUUAUGAAUCUAGGGAGAGAAGAGAUUGGGAGAGUAGUCGAUGCAGUAUUUGUUACCUCUGGACCUAGAGAUCCAUUGAGUGCUCAUAUUUCACAACUUUGUAAACGCAAUCGCAUACCAGUCAAUGUAGCAGAUGCAUCGAAUCUCUGCACAUUCUCCCUCCUUUCCACAUACACCGAUGGACCACUUCAAAUCGGUGUAACAACCAAUGGUAGAGGCUGUAAACUCUCUUCUCGAAUUCGUCGCGAAAUAGCCUCCUCGCUUCCUAAAAAUCUAGGAGAUUCAUGUGUACGACUCGGUACAAUUCGCAGACGUAUACAGGAAGAAGAUCACUUAGCACAUCUCACUGCAGCCGGGGACUUGGAUAACGAGGAAGAAACGGAUCAAAGUUCUAGUUUCAACAAACUUAUCACGGAAGCGGAUCUCGAUGCUGCCAAAAAUAGACGAAUGAGAUGGCUUUCUCAAAUAUGUGAAUACUGGCCCCUUCGUCGACUUGCAUCAAUAACCGAUUCCGACGUCGACAGUGUCUUGAAAUCUUACGCCACCAACCCAUCAACUUCAGCUCCUCUUGACACAUCAACCCUCGAUUCCCGCGUCUCAAAACUCCCACAAAUAAUCCUGGCCGGCUCUGGACCUGGCCAUCCUGAUCUUCUCACUCGCGCAACCCACAAAGCUAUUCUUUCUGCCGAUAUAAUCCUCGCCGAUAAACUUGUUCCCUCGGGAGUUCUCGACCUAAUCCCCCGUCGAACACCUAUCCACAUUGCGCGCAAAUUCCCUGGCAACGCAGAACUAGCACAAGAGGAAUUAUUGUCUCUCGGGUUAGCUGGCCUUCAGGCUGGCAAAACCGUUUUGCGAUUGAAACAAGGUGACCCCUAUAUAUAUGGAAGAGGAGGAGAAGAGUUUGAAUUUUUCCGAAAGCAGGGAUAUGGAGAUCGAGUUGUGGUUUUGCCUGGCAUCACAAGUGCGUUGAGUGCGCCACUUUUUGCUGGAAUACCGGCGACACAAAGAAGUGUUAGUGAUCAAGUGCUUAUAUGUACUGGGACUGGUCGGAAGGGAAAACCUACCGUGCCGCCGCAAUAUGUGGCGACCCAAACUGUGGUCUUUUUGAUGGCUCUUCAUAGAAUCAAGGGAUUAGUGGCUGAUCUUACCACCCACGAUUCCGAAGACGCAAAAGUAGUCGAUGAGAAUGGAAAUGUUGAUCAAAGUAGGAAGUUAUGGCCACUGAGCACACCAUGCGCUGUAAUAGAAAGAGCGUCAUGUCCUGAUCAAAGAGUUGUAAGAACAUCUUUAGAAUGGGUCAUAGAUGCCAUUGAAGAAGUGGGCAGUAGACCGCCUGGAUUAUUGGUACUUGGAGCUGCAUGCGAGGUUUUGUUCAAUCAAAACUCUAGUAAGGAGGGGAGGAAGUGGCUUGUCGAGGAGGGAUUCAAGGGGUUGGAUGAUUUGGGGCUAGGGGAAGUAGGGCUUGUGAGUUGCGGUGUCGAGGGCGAGAGGCCGGAUGUAGUGAGGGGGACAGUUUUGGAAGGGAAUUGA